AUGGUGACCAUCGCUGUUAUGGCACCAAUCAUCUACGAUCUAAAUUCUGGUGCAGAACUCACAUCUGUCGAACAACAACGUGCUGAAAUAGCUGUUCAGAAUGAACUGGUGAUCAGUGCUGAAAAAAUGAGGAAAUAUAUUCAGAUGCACAAUCGUUUCAUCGUUCAAGAAAAUAAUUAUGAUCAAUUACAGAUAACACUUGAUAGUUUAAAACAAACGACUUUGAACAUCAUCGGACAUUGUGAAGACUUUGGUAUCGUUCCCGUCAAUACGAAAAAUCCGAUUAUCACACCUCACAUGUUAUCCUACAUGAUUACGCAGUUCUUAAUAACAAACGCACAUGUCACACAAGUACGGCUAUUCGUUUGUCUUGCUGCACCCUCAUUCCUAAAUGAAUUAGUCACGGAAGUAAUUAGAAGACUUUCCGAAUACACUAAUGAUACGAGCAGAGAGAUUAGAUUUAUUGCUCCACAAGGUUUGUCUUAUACGCAUAAACGAACAGAAGUUGUUUUACACGAUGUGCCCGAAACAGUUGAAUUACUUGGUCAAUCGUCCGGCAAAGAAGAACGUCGAAUUGUUAGAAAAUGGACAAUGUACGAUGAAACAGCUUAUAUGAUAAUUAUCGUGACCUUGGAGAAGAGGAUGUUAAUUAAUAGACAAACAACAUAUGCUGCUCUCAUACGAUGA